AUGCCAGACAAGCAAAAUGUCGCAGCAUGGCUCCCUCGUGUUGGGGUAAAGCUAGAGCUUGGUCCGGCCCCGAUGCAUGAGCCUGGCGAUGAUGAGUUACUCAUCCAGACCAAAGCUGUGGCCAUUCAACCAGCGGAAUAUAAAAUACAGGAUGGUGUUCUUCCGUUUCCCUUGUCGUACCCUACAGUUAUAGGAUUGUGCUUUUCAGGAAUAGUCGUUCAAACAGGCCCUGGUGUGACGCGUUUCCACAUCGGAGACCGAGUUGUCACCAAUAGCGCAGGAACUCUGCGCAAUGAUGCCCGGUUCGGGGCCCUGCAGCGCUUCGCUUUGACUACGCAGCAACUUACGGCGAAGAUUGGUGAGGCAUCUUUCGAGAAAGCCGCUGCUCUCGCCUCCAACUUGUAUGGUGCAAUGAGUGCGCUUGUCUUGCACUUGCACCUGGACAAGCCUUCCGCCACGCCUGAUCCAUCCAAUAAGACCAAGAAGGUUCUAAUCUGGGGUGCAUCCUCUUCAUUCGGUGCAAAUGCCGUCCAAAUUGCAGCUAGUGCAGGGUACACGGUUGUGGGUGUUGCAUCUGCUUCGAACGCCAGUUUAGUCAAAUCUUUGGGAGCUACUGAGUUUGUGGACAGGACGCAGGCUUCUGCGGCUGAGGAUUUGAUUGAAAUUGGUCCCUUCCAUGCCGUCCUUGCCGCUGCGGACUCAGCGAAGGACCAGGUGGUGAUCGGAACGGUCUUGGCUGCUCAAGGCGGGGGUACGUUUUUAUCCACAAUGGGUGUGAGAGAAGGCGUAAAGCUGCCAGAUGGGGUUAGGGGCGUCUUUGCCCAGUUUUUGGACGACUAUCUCGAUCCCAGAAAUGCCGAUUUCACUAGCUGGGUAUGGUGGGAGUAUCUAGAGGAGGCGGUCGCAAAGGACCAAAUCCAGGCACUCCCGACCAGGAUCAUGGGGGGGUUGAGCAACACACAGAAAGCUUGGGAUCUCCUCAGACAGGGCAAGACUAGUGCUGAAAGAUUAAUCAUUCAGCCAAAUGCCGAGUAG